AUGUUGUGCCUUGUGCUCGUCGCGUGCUGGAGCUAUGCCAUUGCUGAAGGUGCUUACCUCUCACCAAGCAAUAAUAGUCAAUCUAAGGAGGAGAGCUCUUUUACUUCUACAAUUAGCGUUGAUCCAUGGUCACCUAUCGUGGGUGACACAGAGGGAGUACCGAGCGUCACCGCCAGAGUAGAAAGCGUUCAUGGACGUCGUGCGGCAAUCAGCCUUGUGGAGAACAUCCGCAGGCAGUUGAUGCGCGACAAUUACGACUAUAUUUCUGACGAGAGCAAAGAACCGUCCACGAUCAAGACACCUUCACCUUCACAAGAUAAUUCAAAGAGGAUUACGUCGGCACGUAAGACGUCAAUACAGACUGGUAUGAUACCAACGAGUUCGCCGAGGGCAUUUCAUACAAGUCCGGCAGUAGCCCCAAUUACUACCGCGGUCGUCCCGCGCCGUGAAACUCGCCUGCUGCCGCCCCUGAGUGUUAAACAAAAAUUAUCACCAAUCCAGGUCGCCAGGGUCAACAUGCCAUCUAAGAGCAACAGUAAACAACAUUUCGGAUCUUUUAGUAACUCGCCAAUAUUGAGAUCAUUGGACGAAGAAUCACACAGACAUGCUACCACAACAGCCAAGAAUAUCAAAAGUGAAAUAGACGUCUCGAAGAAGGAUUUAUUAUACUAUAUGGAUGAUAUUCAUUUGCGACGCAACAAUCCUCCUUCUACUGUUUCAUCCAUUGUAGGGAGACGCACGUAUGAACCAGCUAACAUGACAAAUAAAAUUACUAUAAAUGAACGUAAACAAAAUAGACUACCAACUCAAAAGACAAAGAUGCGAAUUAGUGUAAAAGAGAAGCAUAGUGAUGUCAAACAAAUUAGUAAUUACGAUUUCAAUCAAAACAAUCGACGAAAUAACCAAUUAGAGUUCAAAACGCAAAACCAUCAAGAUGAUGAACAUGAAGCGGUAGAAGCCGAACGCAACGGCCAAGUAAAUGUUCCAGCAAAACAUGAUAGACGACACAAUAAUAUACAAGAUGAUAACGAUAUCGACAAAACGCAGAAUAAAAAUGACGGGGAUCAUAAACAAAAAGAAGUUCGAUUUGAUAAUAGGGACAAGCAAUCAAAAAAUAGUUUGUACGAAGAUCAACCUAAUGAGAAGUAUAAUAUGAAGCAAGACGAUAAGAGAAAUUUACCAUCUAUCAUCGAACAUAGUCACCGAGAAGCUGAUGAAAUAAAAAACCAACCAGAAAAUAUGCAAAUAAACGUUUCAUUAAGUCCCAAUAAUGACAGUUACAAAAUGACACAAGAGACACACUUCGUCAAAAAUGAAGUCCAACAAAACAACCUAACGAAAAGGGAACAAAAGCUGUAUGAUGAGGAACAAAAAGUGUCGAUUGAUAAUCGCAAACAUUUUCGACGAAGUAAUCGUAGGCGUAAUCAUAGGCGUAAUAAUGACAGAAAUCACAAAUACAUUGAACAACUUGAUAGGAGUCAAUACGGUGAUUCUACUGAUGAUAAAUAUACACAGCACAGUUUAAAAAAAGAAGUAAAUCUUCAAAUCAAUAGAAACAGUCGUAAUAUCUACAAACAAAAUGAGCACAUUAAAAAUAAGUCCAACAAACAUAUACCACAUAAAAGCCCUCGGGAGAAAAAAGUUCAAGUCAAAUAUGAGCAUAGUGAACAAAGCAAUGAACAGUCACAUAAUGUACACAAAACGUACGAAAGUGGCCGAAAAAAAAGUCCAAAUAAAAGAAAACGCAAAUUGCAUCCAUCAGAAGAAAGCGUUAUACAGAAAAUCAAUAAACCUGAAAAACAAAGUAACGAUGACAACUCAUUAUAUACUCAAAAUAUUAAUGAAGAUACAACGACUGAUAAAGUAAUUGUCAAGAGAAGUACUCUACCCAGCACUGAAGCGGAUCACCAACGUCACAUUCGAAGGGAACUCAAUAAAAAGGUCUAUGUGGAUGAUAAACAAUCGCAUUCUGAUAACCAGAAUAAUAACAAUUUCAGUAAUAACAUUAACGGUGAUACAACAGAUGAUAGAAAUGAAGGAGAUCAUAACGAAGAUGAUGGAACUGAAGAAUAUAAAGAUCAAAAAAGUCAGUAUUUAGAUAGUAUGGAUAACGAAGAUUUUGAAAAAUUUGAUGGACGACGAAUGAACAGACCAAGUAAUGACACACAUUUAGCAAAAGAACUUGAUGUACAUGACGAUGAAUGCAAUAACAGCCAACGCGGAUGUUUCGGUGAGGAAUAUAAAAAGCAUAACAAAAGUAUCACCGAGAAUGUGCAAGAAUUGACUUCUCUAACUGCUAAAUAUAAAUUACUUAAGUGGGAGGCUCAAGGCGCAGCAACACAGGAGAGCGUCAAUUCCUUCAGGAGCGUGGCCCAAAAGGAGUUGCAUUGUUCGCGCUUGACGGAGCACCUUUCCCACAGUUUAGACUCCCUCGCAGCCGUCGCCAGUACAUGGACGAUCACGUUGACAAACGCCCGCCUCUCAUAG